AACUUGAUUCCAAAACGGGGUAUUAUGGUACUCAGGCUUUUCCUCCCAAUUUGGGAGGACGAAAUUUGUGGGCCCAGAGAGAAAAUUUUCUCCCAAGUUUUCCUCUCUUUUCCAAACAGUGGAAAACACUAUUUUCCACCCAAUUUUUCACUCUAUGUUUUCCAUCCCCCCUAAAUUCACCCCAACCAAACACAAUAUAAGUGUUUAUGUGGCCUAAUGUGAUAGCGCAUAAUAAAGAUGGAGUUUGGGUCGUCUAGAUCACUUUGGUCAAUGUAUUUAAAAGUGUGAAGAUUACUUGCAAGGUUAAACAAAUGACUUUUAGCUGAUUAAAAAACAAGAAAAUUAUGUACACUGAGAAUGGGUGUACUCUAGUUUCAAGACUAUAAAUAAUUAAAUAGAAGUGUGCCAAUUAUACUUUGGUUAGCUGACGCUUUGGGAGCUGGAGAAAGCCAGAAAUGGAAAUACUUCAUCAUCAUCGUCAUCAUUUAUUUUGGUAUCUGCUGCUUGUUGUGGCCUAUUUUUUCUCUUUCACUGAAAGUAUAAGUCGGAGAGAUUUUCCAGCUGGUUUCAUAUUUGGGGGAGCCUCAAGUGCUUAUCAGUAUGAAGGGGCUGCAUUUCAACAUGGAAAAGGGCCUAGCAUAUGGGACACUUUCACUGUGGAACAUCCAGAAAAAAUUGCUGACCAUACCACGGGAGAUAUAGCUGAUGAAUUUUACUAUCGUUUUAAGGGGGACAUAGCUUUGAUGAAUGAAAUUGGUUUAGAUUUCUUUCGGUUGUCCAUCUCAUGGACCAGAAUACUACCUAAGGGAAAAAUCAGCGGGGGAGUGAACCAAAAAGGGAUCACAUUCUACAAUAACCUUAUAAAUGAGCUAUUGUCUCAAGGUUUAAAACCUUUUAUAACUCUAUUCCAUUGGGAUGUUCCACAAGCCCUUGAAGAGGAGUAUGGUGGAUUCUUGAGCCAAAAUAUAGUGGAUGAUUAUCACAACUACGUGGAUGUUUGUUUCAAAGAAUUUGGUGAUAGAGUAAAGUAUUGGGUCACAAUUAAUGAGCCAAAUAUAUUUACCAUUGGGGGCUACGUAACAGGAGUUGAUGCACCUGGUCGAUGUUCUAACUAUAUCGGAAAUUGCACAUAUGGGAACUCUGGGACAGAACCUUAUAUAGUGGGGCAUAAUUUACUUCUUUCACAUGCAAUUGCUGUGAAAUUAUACAAGGAAAAGUAUCAGGCUUCUCAAAUGGGAGAAAUUGGCAUUACAAUACAAAGUCUUUGGUAUGUGCCCAAAUACCAAACAGUUGCUAGCACCAAGGCUGCCUUGAGAGCUCUUGAUUUUAUGCUUGGUUGGUUUGUUGAUCCAAUUAUUUUUGGUGACUAUCCUAAGACCAUGCGAGCUUUGGUGGGGACUCGACUACCUGUAUUUACUGAAUCGCAAUCCAAGAUGCUAAAGGGUUCUCUAGAUUUCCUCGGAAUAAAUUACUACACUGCAAGAUAUGCAGAUGAUUCUACAUCUUCUAGUACCAUUAACAUAAGUUACACAACAGAUAGCCAUGUAAAUCUAACCACGGAGAAGGAUGGCAUUCCUAUUGGUCAACCAACCGCUACUGAUUGGCUUUACAUUUAUCCAAGAGGAAUUCGAGAACUUAUGUUAUACAUAAAGAAAAAAUAUAAUAAUCCACCUAUUUACAUUACAGAAAAUGGAGUUGCUGAUAAUGGCUCAUCCCCGAUUCAAGAGGCUCUCAAUGACAGAUUGAAGAUAAAAUACUACUAUAGUCAUCUAUCAAAUCUCUUGGAGGCUAUAAGGGCUGGGGUUGACGUGAGAGGAUACUUUGUGUGGUCAUUUCUUGACGACUUUGAAUGGGAAUCUGGUUAUACUAUUCGAUUUGGCAUCAUUUACGUAGAUUACAAAAAUGAGUUGACAAGAUAUAUGAAACGCUCUGCUUUUUGGUUCAAAAAUUUCCUCCAAAAGGAAAAUGUCAUCAGAAGCAAACCUUUGUCGUACCUGAGUAGUAAUUGAAUUUAUAACAACUGAUUUGUUUUAUGUUGAA